UCAGAGCUCAGAGUAGGUGCUACACUUUCCUCUGUGGAUUCACUUUUAUCAGCAGCUCUCUACGGGUUUCUGGACAAAAGUCCCAAUCAUCUGGAGUGAAAAUGGGUGCCCACGGCUCCAACCUGGAUGAUAUCCUGGAGGAGGACAUGCACCACUGGUACACGAAGUUCAUGAAGGAAUCCCCUUCGGGGCUCAUCACGCUCUUUGAGCUGAAGACAAUGCUUGAAAUGAACGGUAUGACAGACGAGGCCGGCAGUUAUGUGGACCAGGUCUUCGUCACCUUUGACAUGGAUGGGGAUGGCUACAUAGACUUUGUUGAAUAUAUUGCAGGCAUUAGUUUAUUAUUGAAAGGAGAAAUAAAUCAGAAGCUAAAGUGGUACUUCAAGCUCUUUGAUCAGGAUGGAAAUGGAAAAAUUGACAAGGAUGAACUGGAAACUAUAUUUAAGGCCAUUCAAGACAUCACCAGAAGCUACGACAUCCCUCCAGAAGAUAUUGUGCAUCUUAUAUAUGAGAAGAUUGAUGUCAACGGAGAAGGUGAGCUGACGCUGGAAGAGUUCAUCAGUGGAGCGAGGGAGCACCCUGACAUCAUGGAUAUGCUCACUAAGAUGAUGGAUCUAACUCAUGUCUUGGAAAUUAUUGUCAAGGGUCAACGGAGGAAAGCUCUGAACUGAGUCAGUAAACAACAAGCCGAAGAACUGACAUCACCCUGACUUUAAAGACUGUACGGACUUGACGAUGCACCGAGUCCCACCUCAAACUGCAAAAACCCAAACUGACAGAGCAGGAGCACACAAAUAUCUCUCUGCAUAUCACCAGAUAACACGCAGAAUGAAGCAACAGAAUGAAGCAGAUAACUUCCCCACCUCUGUCAACCUGUAUGUGCCCUCAGAGUCAUUGUACAGUUUACUUUUUAAAUUUUUUUAAAACAGUUUACCAAUUGUGGCGAGGCUUGGUGCCAAAAAAAAAGUAAAACUGCUUUUAGGGUCUCAUCAUGGGCCUAGCAGAUUAUGCAAAGUAAGGUUAAAAGAAUCGCUUUUAUUUAAUUCUGACUAAUGAUUCUAAAGACUCCUAAAAUGAAUGGUCAGUUUCUGAAUAUUUACAGCAUAAACAGAGUAUUGGGGUAUUUACAGUCUAGUCUACAACACUCGCGGGGACUGUUGGUAGUUUUGUGUUGACGAGUUUGUAAAAUCUGAAAGAAAAGUCCAUUAUUAGUUAAAACACUAAUGGACACUAAACUAUUUGUGAUUAUGUACAAAAAAUAUGAUGUUUUAAAAUAUCUUCCAAUUAAGGUUGCCUUAAAAUCAGUACAUUUGUUUAUUUUUUUAAUAACCCCCUACACAAGCAAAAGAUUCUUUGGUUUUUACCAAAGAUCCAGGCAUAAACAUGACAGAUUCCAUUUUGCAAAACCUGCAAUAAUUUCCUUUAAUCAAUGACGUAACUUUAAGAGUAGCAUGCAAAGUUUACCACGUUGUUGUUGCGUCAACCAGCUUCAAAUAGAGAAUUAGGAAAAUAGAUAAAACUAAGAUAUAUAGAUUAGAAAAGCUAAAAACUGAGGAAACAAAGCACAGUUUGUUAUUUAAUGAGAUGCAGCAUUUAGAGGUAUUGUUUCAGUUUUACUGCUUGACAACUGAACCAGCUCAAGGAUGCCAUCUUGUGAGGAAAAAGAUGAAGAACUAGUGCAUGUUAGUGUGGUGAGACGAAUGGUGUAAUUCAGCAACGCCAGCUGUUGUAUCACUCACAUUUCAAAAUAAAAUGAAAAGAAAGCCAAA